CGGCCUGGGCGAGCAUCCAGACCUCGCCAGACUGGAUGGAGUCGGGUCGAAAAUUUCCUCCAAACCACCCAUUCCCACCCGCCAAAAAUUAUCACAACUUACAGCUGACGACAGCUGUUGAUCAUUCCUCAUCUAUCCCAAAUCAAUAAGUCGCCGGCCCGCCUUGGCUGAUCGACUGCACCGGGCAUUUCGCCGAGUCUCGACUGCAAGCAUGAAAGGCGUCAUGCGGCCUCCGCGCGGCCGACCGAGCAAGGUGGCCAAAAUUAGCGCACCCACACGCCGCCCUGGCCGCGGCCAUGUCGUGUCACCCGGUAAGGCCGGCCAGUUCGACGAGAGCGGCAUGGUCGACGAGAUGAACGCCGCCGCGGCCGCCGCGGCCGCUGCUGCCGUCGCCGUCGCCGCCGAGAUGGAUGACGGCGAGGCCGAUGGCCAGAUGGAGGAGGAUGGCGGGGAUGACGACGCCGUCGCCGCCGCCUCGGCCGGCCUCGCGCACACGGAAAACGUCGACCUCAACACCGCCGCCAACAUCCUCACGAAUGGCAGCGUCGGCUCAUCCUCCGGCGUCAUGGCUCUCCAAGAGCAGCACGGCGUCCACGCCCACCAACCACCGGCACCAAUGGGUGGCCCGCAACACCUCGGACCUGGCGAUCACGGUCAUGCCCAUAACAUGGACCCGAGUUUUGUCAAGACUACAGAGGAGCUGUCCCGCGAAUCUGGCUACGAAUCCCUCAACAUCGACAGCGGACUUGCCAAGCGUCUCGCGCGCGAACCGGGGCUGAGGAUCGCCCAGCAGCGGCGGCCUGAGCAGCAGCUCAACCUUGCCCGCAGGAGCAACGUCGAGGCUCUGUUUGCCCACAUCGCCGGCGACUUGGCGCCUACCCCCUGCAAGAACUGCCACAAGGGCCACGGACCUUGGAAUACCUGUGUUGUAGUGGAUGGCCAAAUGUGCGGGAGUUGCGCCAAUUGUUGGUUCAAUGCCAGCGGCGCCCGUUGUAGCUUCCAUGAGACGCGCAACCCCCAGGCUGUGCAUCACCCUUCCUCGCUUCUAGCUGGCGGCAGCGGUGGUUCCCCCCAGGACCACUCGGCUAGCUUUGCCAUGUCACAGCAACUGCCUCUGCCCUCCGCCCCGGCUCACAACUCACUUGCCGCCUCUCUGAAUCUCGGCGGGCCCAUGAGCAACGACCCGGUCGUGCGAUACACCAUUGACAGGGCGAUUGCCGACUUACGCGCUGCCGACCGCAAGACACGCCAGAUCAUGAUGAUCGAGAUCGCCGCCAAGCAGCUAGCCCUGCAAAUAUUGGAGUACGAAGAGUCGGUUGCAGCCGAACAGCAGCAGCAGCAGCAGCAGCAGCAGCCCGGCCCUCCCCAGGGCCAGCAGGACCUAGGAGGUGACGGUGUCUAGGAUCUCAUCGGGUACCCAGUAUAGAAGAAGACAUUUGAGCUCUCUCGCACAUCGCCGGCAUCUAUUGAACGCCGACGAUCUAUGUUUUCCGCCUGCUCUCUGAGUCUACGAAUUCAGGCUUGCCAUCUUGGUAGAGGCGCCACAUCAGAUCCUCGCGGUCGAGAAGCUAUAUCGCGCCGAACCUCUCACUGCGGAUCAAUAUCCAUGCCACAGAACCCACCUCUCCGCUUCUCGUGUCACUCCCCGCUCACAAGGAGUUCUGGGCUUUAUUCCGACGUCCCGGCGAACAUCGGGGCUGUGGGG